AUGGCAGCCGCCACUCAAGCAAGCCUUCUUGACAAGAAAGCUGACUUCAAUAUUCUAGAGAAGUUGAAACAUCUUAGAGAUAAUAAACGAUUUUGUGAUGUCGUUCUUGAAGUAAGAGGUGUAAAGUUUAUGGCUCAUAAGAAUGUCCUAGCAUCUUGGAGUCCUACAUUUGCUUCCAAAUUGUUCAUUAAAGACAGAAACAUUUGCAGGGACCACAUCAUGGUCUCUUAUGACAAUAGCGAAGUGUUCUCAGACUUGCUAGAUUUCAUGUACACUGGGUAUGUAGCUCCAAGAGAAACAAACAUUCCACAACUUCUUCAUCUAGCUGUGAGUUUUCAGAUUGAAACACUGAAGAAUUACUGUGAAGAAUUUCUACGCUGCAAUCUCCACCUCGGAAACUUUGUAAGCACAUACUUCUUGAGUCGAAAAUUUAAGCUAGAGACGCUGGAAGAAUACAUUGUUGGAUUUCUGCAGCUGAAUCUCUCUGACACUGUCAAGCAGAGGGAGUUCCUUUCCAUGAAUGCAAAGAAGUUCAACACUUUCUUGUCAGAAGGAUGGAUGAAGAAAAUCAAGCCGGAGAUCAAACUCUCCUUGAUAAUAAGCUGGGUUGGUUCUGAUAUCAUAGAAAGAGAAAAGUUUCUAUUGAUGUUGCUAGGGCACAUUGACUGGUCUACUGUGGCCGAUGAUUUUCUUCUGGCGAUCUAUUGCACAGAGAAUUUCUUCACAUCUCACAAGUUCAGACUGUACUUAAUGCUUCACACUUUGAACAGUGCUGGUAUUGCACUUGGACCUCACACAGAUGUCUUUCCAGGUUUGAGACGCUCAUAUUCGUGUUGCCUGAAAGAUUUAGUUCAUCCUAGUCAACUGAAGAAUUACUCUGAAACAUUUCACCCAGUUACCAUAACUGCAAAAGAAAGGCCGGUCUUUAAAAAUGCCUCAGUUAACACAACAUUGCCUGCCAUCCCGUGCCAACUUCUGGAUGCUUCUGUAAAUACUGAUGUGAACAAUUCUCACUUAUUAGAUUCAGAACAAACAGUGUAUGAACCUAUGAAUAAAAUGGUACAGGAAGAGGAACAAACUGUUAGAAAACUCACCGAGCCAAAGAAUGAUCAGUUUGAGACCUUCGAAGAGUUCAUCGAGGCCGAGAUCCCAUUGAAAGAAAUCAAAUUGAAUGUAACUCAUCAAACAACUUUUAUUAAUACAAAUGUUGAAACACCUGCAAAAAAGAAAUCACCAGAGAAGAAAGUGAAACAAACUACUACUGAUAAAAGUAAACUUCCAAACCUUGCUGAAACAAGUUGCACUAUGGCCAAAGCAGUGACAGUGCACUCACCGAUGCAGUUGAGAAGUUCGAGAAAGACUAUUACACCUAAAAAACAGGUAAUACUAAUUGACGAUUUUGAAAAAUGUCAAUCUCAAGAUGCAAAGUACAAACCUUGUGCCCAGGUCUUUAAGCAAGCAGAAUCCUAUGAUAGAUAUGAAGAGAAGGAUAUGCAUGAACUUGCUAGUGACUUGGUUGUUAAAAGUAUUAACAUCGAAAGGAAAACAACACCAAGAAACAAAAGGAAACUAGUCAAUGAUUUAAAACAGGAGUCAAAUAAUGUUAUAUCAUGUGAGUUUGAUAAUCGUGCUUGUAUAACAGAGGUUCACGAAAGACCAGCGAAGCAGAUGAAGACAGCCCAUGAAACAUCAUUCGAGCUAAAAUGCGAUCUGUGUGUUUUUGAAACAAAAGAGGUUCGAACAUACAAUACACACAUGAAGCAGCAUUUUCCUGGUCCCAUUUUCCACUGUGACUACCCACGAUGCACCUACAGUUCCGAGGAGAUACACACGAUGUUGACUCACAGGAUAUCACACACAGAUGACCGACUGUUAACGUGUGACUGUGGAAUGCGGUUCAGGACAAACACCACAUUGAUAGCACACAAAAAGACACAUCUUGGUAUCCAGAUCGCAUGUGUGGAACCUUUAAACUCGACAGCCAGACCAGAAAAACAUACAGGUAGCAGCCAGCCCCUAGUGAGCCACCACCGCCAUCCAAUAACAUUUGUGCCUCAAAUGGCAAAACCAACGGCGGUGGUGGUGCCAAGAAAACGGUCCUUACCUCCGGAUGUUUUACCACCCCGGAGGCGAAGAAGGACCGUUCCGGGGCUGGCUGCCCCAUCCAGGGAUAUGUCCCCCUGGACACUGAUGAGAAAAACUACCAGAAGCUUUUUCCCAAAAAGGCCUUUGAGACCCCAAUAUGAUGGCCUGCCAAUAUUCCAGCUGGUUGAGGACAGCGUAGACAUCCCUGUCAUCCCAGUGGAACCGAUUGCUAUGCGGACAAGAAGCGCCACCAAAAGAGUGAGCUGGAUGACAGAGCUUUACUCCAUUGCCAAAACCAACCCCAGCAGAUAUUGGAUUUCCACAGAAUGGAUCGGCCCCCAGACACAGGAAGAUCAGGCCUCUCCCCCGCCAACCAUCCACAAUAGCUGA